AUGGAUGAAAAUUUUAAUACGGACUUGUUGAAUCACAACACACAAGAAGAACAAUCCACUUUUACUUUGGACCUUUCUCAUGUAACGAAAAAGAAAAAAUUAAAGCGAGUGAAAUUAGAGGAGGAGGAAGAUUCUUCUGUGGAAAUUCAAUCAAUACACGACAUGGAUGCCAAAUGGGUAAAAUUAGAAGUUCCACAAACUCAACUCAUACCGACAAUGUUUCUUCCUCGCUUGAAAAAUUUGACAAAUCUUUUCUCUCCUAUUUUCAAGUAUUUAGACAAGGGAUUAUUUCACAAAGCUCUAUUUAAACUCGAGCACUACAAGUCUAUCAUUGUACAAGGAGUUGUCGUUGACACUCACCAAUUAACACCACAAGAAGCACAAGCGCUCACAAUGGAAUUAGAAAAAUAUACAUCACUUGCUGUUGGACAAGUUUGUGACACACUCCUGGAUCGAUUCGAACAAACACAGGAAUAUCUAAAAAUUCAAAAAGUUUUGAGCUUUCUAAGAGAUUUUACAAAUCAUGUAAAUUGUGCCAAUAAUUGGAAUUUUAGGUCGUUGUGUGAUCCUAUCAUUCAACGAUCCAUUUCCAUACUGAUACGCUCAUCAAUCGAGUCAAUGAAGAGCCUAUAUUCAGACCAUCUGUUUGAGGCUGUUAAAAUAGAUGUCAUGACUGACAUUUCUCCCUCGCUCAUGAUGCUCUUGGAAAUUUUCCAAAAAGAAGAAUUUUCUCAAAACUCGUAUAUCAAGCAAUGCAUUUCAUUUAUAUUGGGACUGAAUAACAAUGAUUACUUUAUCAUGGAUAUUUAUACUUUAGAUAUUAUUCUAGAAUUGCUGAUUGAAGGCAAGAAAUUUGAUGUUGCUUUCAAGAUCUCCCAAAAAGAAAGCGAUCGACUAAUUGUACCAUUUAUCAACUUGUUAUCAAACAAAAAUUCAGCCCUCGAUCAACAAUCAUCGCUAGAAUUUACGUAUCAUAACAUUCCUCGUAUUUAUGGAUUAAUUGAAAAAGUAAUGACAAUUUUUGGAGAAGUGGGAAAAUAUGAUCAAUUAUUGAAUCUGUACAAGGUGCUCAGACGUCCCUCACAACAUUGUUUCAAUAUUGUCAUUCAAUAUCUUGCACAAUCUCGAGUCGAACAGCAUUAUGUGGCUUUGAUGGACAUCAUUCGUGAUACGGUGAAAAACAGAUCUCGCUAUGUACACAUCAUUACUCCUAUCAACAUCAAGAGCAUGUUCAGAUCCAACUCUAUUGUCACGCAAUAUCUCACUCCAGCAGAUAUUGGUACCUUGAGGACUCUAAUAUUUGACAGCUUGAAUAUGAAACCUAGUCCUCGAAUUCUUAAUUUAUUUUUGAAUUUAUACCUCAAACAUGGAAUGGAAAAGGAAGCGUUUGACAUUCUUGAGCAAUUUUACAUCAAUGGAGUGGAUACAAAUGUGUCUACCUUGACCAUCAUACUAACAUACCUGUGUGGCAAGAAACAAUAUAUCGAUGCCAUCAAAAUUAGUGACAAGUGUAUCACAGAACCUAUUGUAUUUGACAUUCCAUUUCUAAACAUGUUGUGGAAAAUUUAUUAUGAAUAUAUUUGGAAGCAUUUACUUGUCGUAAACAAAACGACAAGAAAUGGUUUGUCAAUUCAAGACACAAAUAUUCAAUUAUUAGAGUAUAUUCGUGAUUUUGAACGCAAGAAUUUUUACACCAUUCUUACUUGGAGAAAGCACAUAAAGGAAAACCCUCUAUACUUUGACGAGAUAACUAGUAUUGAAAAACCACCCAACGACCAACAACACGAUGAGAUCAAGUAUCAUCAAUUACAAAUAUUUGAAUAUUUACUCAUUCAAAUGGAGAGAGGUUUUGACAAGUACAUUCUUACCAGCUACAAUUAUUUAUACGAUUCCAAUAACACGAACAACCAUACUUAUGGCUCAUCUUCCGUAUAUCCACCACUAUCCAUCUCUUCAAAAGACAAAGUCUAUUCAAGUAACAAACAUUUAAACUUUUUGCGAGAAGGAAAAAAAGAAAUGGAUGAAAAAACCUAUUUGGAAGUGAAUGCUCAUUCCAAUAUUCCUCAUUUUCUUCGUAACAAACAAUCAAAAAUGAUUGCCUCUGAUGUAUGCACCGUGGAUUUGAAACUACUUCUUCAAUGCUAUUGCGUGAGACCAAGAUUGAGACAAAUUGAUGAUUAUUUGAAAUUUGUUUGUGGAGCCUACAAUGCCACAAGUCCUGUUCGAAAAUUUCACUAUUUCACAGUCAUUUGUUCAUUAGUAGAGGUUGGAAAUAUCGAAUACGUGAAACAAUAUAUUCAAGCACAAUUUGAAAAUUGUGAAAUGUCCAACGAAGAAAGAAUCAAAAACAUGUAUUCCAUUUUAAAGAUCAUUCGAUCAAGGUUGACACCUUCUCUUCGAUACAAGUAUUGCACAGAAUGGAAACAAAAAACAUUGGACGAAGUGUAUCGAAUGAGAGAUUUAUUGUCGAUUGCAGAAUGGAAUCAAGUACGCCAACGAUUUUCGAAUUUUGAAACUGUUGCCCCAAUAAGCAAUAUCGAUGAAUUAUUGACAUGGGUCUCUACAAGUAUUUUAUAA